UUUCGGCCCUGGCGGUGUCAAUUGACACCACACGACAAAUGGUACCACCACGCGAAGAAAACGAAACAAAAACUCGCAAUUUUUUGCCCAAUGUGAAGUAUCGGCCCACCUACUGCCAUGGACAUCAGUAUUGUCGCGUUUUCUCGAACGCUGAAUUUACGACGAAGAAGAAGCAGCGGCAACAUCAUGGCGAACGCGGAGUCCGGUGCGGGUAUACCUGUGACUUCGUUUUAUUCGUGUCACCGUACCCGUUCCGCACGGCUACAAGCAGCAACGGACGCGCUGUUUGAGGAGCUCGACAACGGCAACCUAUCCGACGUAGACGGCGAAUUUGAUGACUCGGACGACGAGGGUGUGCUGCCUUGUGCUUCUGAUGAAGCUCCAAUGGAGAGCGACAGUGAAAGCUCCGAUGACGAGAGUGCACUGGACACAUCUGGCGGCUGGAGACGAAAAUCGUUCAAGGCGCCAGACUCAACAUACAAAGGUGAUGUCCACGAAGCAUCAGAACUCGGAGAGUUGCAGUCCCCUACGAAUAUUUCAAAGGGUAUGUGCCAAAUAGUGUAUUUCUGGAGCUGGCUGAAAAACAAACCGGUACUCGGUGUUUCACGAAGGGAGCUCCGUCAACACCAACGAGGCAGAGAUAAGGCGUCUAGUCGCCCUACAUCUCACAAUGGGUGUUCUCCAUUACCGAGGCUCAGACUCUAUUGGAAGCCGAACAUGAGGUGCGAUCUCGUGGCGUGUGCAGGAUUGUCGCGCAACCGCUUCGAAAAGUUGCGAAAUAACCUGCACAUUGUGGAUGUGAAUUACCCUGAUGCUACUGACCGUCUCUGGAAAUGGUGA